UGUGUUCUGUCCAGAUGUUGGAGCUCCGGUCGCAUGGAUGUUUUUGCGCUUCUGAAACACUGAAUCUUACAGUUUGUGGAUAAAACAGAAGAAACUCAAUGAGGGAUUAAUCUGACGACUAACGAAUCCAGGAGUAUUAAAGAAUGAUGAUGGCUGUGUGUGCGGUGCUGAGGAUGAUGAUGAUGAUGAUGAUGAUGAUGGUGUGUGUGAAGGGCUCGUCUCCUUGUCUGGACUGGUCCUCUAAAGACACUGAGUGUGUCCAGAUGCUGAAACACCUGCACACCGGAGCCCGCAUCACCGUCCAGAUGCCACCUGACAUCCAGGGCCACUGGGUCUCCACCAGCUGUGAGGUUCGUCCCGGGCCUGAGUUCAUCAUGCGCUCGUAUCGUUUCCUCCACAACGGCAGCUUCAGUGCGCUUCAGAUCUACUACAGUGACGUUCAUUGCAGCUCCCCGACACACACGCUGCUGGUGCAGGGUCGGCUGCGGCUGCGUCAAGCCUCCUGGAUCGUCCGCGGUGGCACCGAAGCCGACUACCAGAUCCAGAGCACGCAGGUGGUCUUUCACUCUGAGUCUGCGGCUGCGGCGCUGGGUCUGCGGCCGGAGCGCGGCUGCAGAGGCAUCUCCAGGUCAUGGAGGCUGAAUAUGAGCUAUGAGCUGUGGAGUGAAGAGAAAGACAGUGAAUGCACAUUGCAGAUCAACUUCACCAUGCAUGAGCUGCAGCUGCUGCGUCUGGAGAAACAGCAUCUGGAGCCGUCGCUGGAGGAGCUGUAUCUGGGAGACAUCCACACCCAGGCGGAGCACAGGCUCACAUACAGACCCUCCAGCUACCAGCCUGCGCUACACAACGCCAGGAAUCAUGAUGGCUGCUGUCUGGUCUGCCAGAUGGUGUCUCGCUCAGAUGAGUUUCAUCCUCCGAUUCUGCCCAUUCUCCCGGUUCUCCCAGUGGUCCUGCAAGGUCAGUGGGUGUCCCGACGCUGCGAGGUCCGGCCUGAGGCGCAGUUCCUGACUCGACACUUCAUCUUCCACGACAGCAACAGCAGCUGGGAGGGACAUUACUAUCAUUACUCUGAUCCGGCCUGCAGACACCCAACCUUCAGCAUCACUGCCAGAGGAGCAUACAGCAGAGGAGCGGAGUCAGCACGCAUCAGCGGAGCUACUGAGUACAUCUUCACAGUGCAGCAGGUGUAUGUUCUCCCUCUGGAUAUGUCGACCGUGUCUCUGCUGAAUCUCUCCCCCGAGGCUCAGUGUGGGGUCCGCGGCUCCUGGAGACUGGGCGAGCAGCAGGACGUGACGGCGACUCAGGGCUGCGAGGUUCUGGGCAUCCAGCUGCCGCACACAGAGUUCGAGAUCUUCCGCUCACAGCGGCUGCAGGACGACCGACUGCUGCUGUUCAACGGCCAGAGACCCAGCGACGGCUCCAGCCCCGACCGGCCCGAGCGCAGACCAUCAUCCUUCCAGCAGCCCCUCGUGCAGUGCACAGAGCAGAGCGUCAGCGGGCACACCGCGCAGCAUCAGCACCAGCUCACCGUUACCAUGGUGAUGCUGCUGUUCUGGAGUCUGAUUGGCUGAUUGCGGACACACAACACAACAUCAGCACCAGCUGAGCGUAACCAUGGUGAUGCUGCUGUUCUGGAGUCUGAUUGGCUGACUGCAGACAUAUAGUGCAGCAUCAGUACCAGCUGAUUGCUACAAUGGCGAUGCUGCUGUUCUGGACUCUGAUUGGCUGAAUGCGGACACAGCGCAACAUCAUCACUAACUGACCGUAACCAUGGUGAUGCUGCUGUUCUGCACACUGACUGGUUGACUGUGGAUACAGAAGACAACAUCAUCACCAGCUGAGCGUAACCAUGGCGAUGCUAAUGUUCUGGAGUCUGAUUGGCUGACUGGAUGACCGACUGUCCAGUGAAAACACUGAUGCACAACUGCAGCACUUUACUGAACCGAAGACAUUUGAGUUCUAAAUGUAAUCACUGCUAAGGUCAAUGUUAUUAGCCUCCUUAAGAAACUAUUAGGGAUGCGCUUUAUUUAUUGUAUAUUAUUGUUUUUCCUGAUUAUUGUUACGUGAUUUUAUUAUGCAAGUUUAAUAUUAGACAUUCUUAUUUUGUUUGUGUGUGUCGUAGCGCUUUAAGUUAAUGAAAAGUGCAUUAUAAAUAGGAUUUAUUAUUAUGAUUAUCUCUGAACUUUAUUAAUCAAGCGAAGAGGUCAGAUGCAGAAACCUCUAAAUGCCAUCUGGUCUUUUCUUCAAUAGUAUCUUUAUGAUGUAAGCUGAGACUGCAUCACUCAGCGAUGCAAUGUCAGACACAACACACUCAAAUGGAGUGAGUGACGUCACUGUGAGGGGUGGGGUUAGGUGAGCCCAUUAAAAAGCAUUGGAUGCAGCUCAGAUUGCACUGCACCUCUCUUUUUCUUCUACAAUGAGCAUUUUUCUCCGCCUCUUACGUUUUUCUUGAGUUAUUUCAUGCUAAUGGUGAUGAAAAUAACCUAUUCUUUGCUAUCAAAGUGAAAUUACUGAAACAAGACACAGAAGCCGGAGAAAAAUGCUAAUAUUAGAAGAAAAUUUCAGAUGGCACUUAGAGGUUUUUGCAUCUGAACUCUUUAAGGAUUCUUUUCAAUGUCCAACUUUCUUUUAUAUCAAUAAAAUCUACUGCAACAAAUAAAAACCCAACAUACUGAACAUUAACCAAAAUCAAAAUACCAUUAUAUGAAUAAAAAAAACAAAACUGGUGGUUCAACCUGCAGAAACAAUACAUCAUUUAUAAGGUUAAAGAUAUCGGCCUAAUUGUGUUCAAACAUAUAUAUAGAUAGUUCAGAAUUAUUCGGCCCACUUUAAUUAUUUUUUUUUCUUCUUUAUUUAAAUAUUUCCCAAUUGAUGUUGAACAGAUUCAGGAAAUGUUCACAGUAUGUCUGAUAAUAUUUGUUCUUCUGGAGAAAGUCUUAUUUGUUUUAUUUCGGCUAGAAUAAAAGCAGUUUUUAAUUCUUUAAACACCAUUUUAAGGUCAAUAUUAUUAGCCCCUUUAAGCUAUAUAUUAUUUCAAUAGUCUACAGAACAAACCAUCAUUAUACAAUAACUUGCCUAAUUACCCUAACCUGCCUAGUUACCCUAAUUACCCUAGUGAAGCCUUUAAAUGUCACUUUAAGCUGUAUAGAAGUGUCUUGAAGAAUAUCUAGUCUAAUAUUAUUUACUGUCAUCAUGACAAAGAGAAAAUAAAUCAGUUAUUAGAGAUGAGUUAUUAACACUAUUAUGAUUAGAAAUGUGUUGAAGAAAUCUGCUCUCUGUUAAACAGAAAUUGGGGAAAAAAUAACCAGGGGGGCGAAUAAUUCUGACUUCAACUGUAUAUAUUCAUCAUCCAGUAUAAAUAUUGCUGUCGCUAUAUCGUGCAUUUCUAGAAAAUUUAGCUGGACACAAAUAUAAGCUAAAUACUAGUAUCUUGCAAAAUAACUAGUAAAAUAUUAUACUGUCAUCAUGGCAAACAGAAAACAAAAUUCACAGGAGGGCUAAUAAUGUUGUCUUCAACCAUAUUUAUGUAUUUUAUUAAGUUUUGACAAAAGUAUAAUCUCUCAGGUUUGACGUGACAAAGGGCAGAGCUUUGAUUUCUGAAUUAUAUAU